ACUGGUCCCGCCCCUCAGCCGCGGACGCCCCGGUUCCCGGCAGCCCUCGCGGCUGCUGAAGGAGAGCGGGGCGUCAUGGCGUUCUCGGCGCCUACCGCCUAUCUGACCCACCAGCAGAAGGUGUUGCGGCUUUAUAAGCGGGCGCUGCGCCACCUCGAGUCGUGGUGUGUCCACAGGGAUAAAUACCGGUACUUUGCUUGUUUGUUGAGAGCCCGGUUUGAAGAACAUAGGAAUGAAAAGGAUAUGAUGAAGGCCACCCAGCUGUUGAGGGAGGCAGAAGAAGAGUUCUGGCACAGUCAGCACCCACAGCCAUAUAUCUUCCCUGACUCUCCUGGGGGCACCUCCUAUGAGAGAUAUGAGUGCUACAAGAUUCCAGAAUGGUGCUUAGAUCACUGGCAUCCUUCUGAAAAGGCAAUGUAUCCUGAUUACUUUGCCAAGAGAGAGCAGUGGAAGAAACUGCGAAGGGAAAGCUGGGAGCGAGAGGUUAAGCAGCUGCAGGAGGAAACCCCACCUGAUGGUCCUAAAACUGAAGCUUUGCCUCCUGCCAGGAAGGCAGGUGAUCUGCCCCCAUUAUGGUGGCACAUUGUGACCAGACCCCGGGAGCGGCCCAUGUAGAGAGAGAAGAGAGACACAGGCACCUCAUUAUUCAUGCUUGCAAGUGAAAUAAGUUACAGAACAUAAAUACACUUGCCCUAAUAAAAAUAACUAAAUAUGGUUUGGUA